AUGGCAGAAGGCAACCUCCCAUGCUGUGAGAUCCAUCCGGACAUUGAAACGUACCAGCCUUCUGUGAUGGGGCUCGAAGCAGAAGCAAUUCUGGCCGGCUUCCCCUGUCAGGCCGGCUUCCACGGGGUUAGCGCCGCCGGCGCGCAAAAGGGCAUGGGCGAUGACAGAUCCUCCUUGAUUCGAUGUGCUUUCCACUGCUUCGACAAGCUGCCCAAUGCGAGACUCAUGCUGAUUGAGAAUGUCGGUGCUCUGCUGCACAAGCAGAGCCGCUUCCCAGCGCAAUCUCCAGCUCCAUUGGUGCAGUUUGCUCCUGAAGAUUCAGAUGCAACCUCCGAGGCUUGCAGGCGCCGGGUCUUUUUGCUGGCGGCGAGUCCGGACAUCUCUGGAUUCCCUGAGGCUGUGGUCGUCUCAUGUUGCGAUUUCAGCAUCAUUCUGCAUGUCUGCAAUAUGGUCGAGGCCAUCCUGCCCCUGGAGCACUUGACGACGGGAGAUUGGAAUCCUCUGGCGGCUCUGCCAAUGCAGAAGUGGUUGUCUGAAGCCAGGACACCUGAGGAUGCCAAACGCGUGCACAUGCUGGGGCUGUGCCUUGCCAAGUUUUGUGCUCCGGCGAGACGAGAUGCGCUCCUGGCUUUCCGCAAAGAGUGGCAACAGCUUCACAAGCUUGACCAAGACAAUGUGGCCUUCCAGACCAUGGUGUGCCUGAUCACGGAGUCCAAAGCUGCUCGCGAGGAACGCAUGCAAUGGAAGUUCCUUGAUGAACCGGUUUGUGUCCGUGCCAGCAGAUUUUCGAGGCUCAGCAAAGCAGCACGUGCAGGAAAGAUUGCCCCUCCAGCCGACAUUCGCUACCUGCAGCGACCCGCGCAAGUCGGCUGUGAGCCUGAGAAUGUUCGUUCCGAGAUUGUGUCCUUUCUGCAGGGCUUGUACGAUUCAACGGCAGAAACAUUGCCUGAUGUGAGAGAUGACACUUUUGAGCCGAACGAAGAUGCCUCGGUCCAACUUAUGCAACAUGCCGCGAGUGAUGGGCAGGAUGACUAUGCUUGCACUAUGGAGAAUCUGCAGCAAAUCAGGACCUUCAAAAAUAGCAAGCAAACACGGAAUCCGAAGAGGUCGGUCCAAAUCCGGCGGACCGAGGGGGAAAUCCGCUACCUUCCUCCAGGUACCAUGAAGGAAUACUGGGAACAGUUGAAUUGCCAGCGUGAACCUGCGAAGCCUGUCAGCUUUGCUUUCUUCUGGAGAGCCACUUUGCACAUAUUUCAAGUAUGGUAUCAGGACUUCGCUUUCCUGAAGUUUCGAGCGCAGUCCAACCACGCCACUUGCAGUGUUUGUUUGCGCCACAAAAUGCUGAUCAAAGAUUUGUCAGGGCAUUUGCUGGCCAGGAAGGAGCAGGUCAAACGAUAUCAUAGCCACCUGAAAGACCAGUACAUGGACAGGAUGACGUACUGGUCGCUACGCGGUGAAAGCCGCCUUCGCGGCGGUGCUUCAAUCACCGCCAUCAUCGACUCCAUGGACCAAAGCAAGACCUGUCUUCCUAGAGGGGCCUGCAUGAAAUCGAAGGCACGUGGCUCCCAAAAAGCUUGUCGGGGUAACGGUAUGAACAGAGUUCCCAUUGUGACUCAGAUCAGUUCUUGGCAGGAUCUCAGCAACAUGCAACGUCCGAAGUGCCACAUCACGGCCGUCAUAAUCCACGGCUUUGCUAUCUUUUUGUUCCUCUCGGAGCACAACCAACCCAAGAAUAGUUCUGCAAUGAUCGAGAUGAUGAGUCAUGCGUUGACCGUGAUCUCCCAGCAGUGUGCGCUGAAGUAUGUUUCGUUGAACAUACAAUCUGACAAUACGGUCAGAGAGAUGAAAAACAAUCCCUUUGCCAAGUGGAUGGCCAGUUUAGUCUCGCACGGAAACCUGAGGGAGUGUUCGCUGCGCAAUUUGCGCAGCGGACACUCACAUGAAGACGUGGACCAGCUGUUCGGAAGGGCAGCGAAGUGGUUGGCACGGUAUGGCAGAACCGCUCAGACACCCGGUGAUUUGCUCGAGAUAUUACAGGAGUUCUUGAACAAGGUUGACCGGCCAUACGAGCGGCAACGGGUGGUCGCGCAGGUGGACAAAGUCCGAGAUUGGUUGCUUGCUUGCAGGAUGUAG